AUGUCACGGGCCAUGCAGUGCCAGGGCUGCCUGUCCUGGGGCAGCUGGACACAGCUGUCUCGAUCCCUGGCAGGAGAGUGUGUAUGGAUGUGCUGCUGCAGUCCCCCAGGUGCUGCAGGUAGCUGCUUCCUCAGGAAGAUCCUUUGCACAAACAGCAUUUCCCUGCCCAGGGGCUACGUCCAGAACCAGGGAGGGUCCGGCGAGCACUCUGUCCAGCCCAGCUCCUCUCGCCGUGCUCUGGCCCAGCUGAGGAAUGUGGACUCUUCUGGUGCUAUUAAGAAACACCAGAAGAGCCUGUCUGCAUGGUUCAGCCACCAGCCCAAUGAGGAGAGGCAGUUCGGCCCUUCCUUCUCGCUGGAUGCCGUCCACGUGGACCCAGUGAUCCGUGAGAGCUCCCUGGAGGAGAUUCUGAAGCCUUCACCAGAGCUCACCAUCCAGAACCAGCUCCAGCAGUCCUGCAGACAGGUCAUCAGCCUCCACAACCUCUUUGACGCGGAUGCCUGUGGGCGGCAGGUGCAGAACGUGGUGCUGUACGGCACCGUGGGCACGGGGAAGAGCACCCUCAUCAAGAAGAUGGUGGUGGACUGGUGCCACGGUCGCCUGCCUCGCUUUGAGCUGGUCAUCCCCUUCUCCUGUGAGGACCUGUCCCACAGCCAUGCCCCCAUCUCCCUGCGGCGCCUCAUAACCAAGAAGUACCAGCACCUCCGGGACGUGGUGCCGCUGCUGGGAACUUCCAACCUCAAGGUGCUCUUCAUCCUCAAUGGUUUGGAGCGUCUCAACUUGGACUUCCGCCUGGCUGGCACAGAGCUGUGCUGUGACCCCAAUGAACCUGUGCCUCCCUCCACCAUCGUGGUCAACCUGAUUCGAAAAUACCUCCUGCCUGAGGCCAGCAUCAUCGUCACCACGCGCCCGUCGGCCGUGCGCCGCGUCCCCGGCAAGUACGUGGGUCGCUACGCCGAGAUCUGCGGCUUCUCCGACACCAACCUGCAGAAGUUGUACUUCCAGAUGCGCCUCAGCCAGCCUGGCUGCAGUGGAGAGGGCAGGAGGGAUCGCAGCUCAGCCGAGCAGGAAAACCUGGUGGAGAUGUUGUCGAGGAACCUGGAGCGCCACAACCAAAUAACCACUGCCUGCUUCUUGCCCUCUUACUGCUGGCUGGUGUGCACCAUGCUGCACUUCCUCUACUUCACCAGGGCAGUGCCUCCCAGCCAGACCCUCACCGGUAUCUACACCAGCUUCCUGAGGCUCAACUUCAGCGGGGAGGUGCUGGACAGCACUGACCCUUCCAACAUCUCCAUGAUGAAGUACGUGGCCAAGACGGUGGGCAAGCUGGCCUACGAAGGGGUGAUGUCCCGCAAGACCUGCUUCUCAGAGGAAGACCUGCAGCAGUGCUUUGAGGUGGAGAUGAAGACCGAAAGCGAGCUCAACCUCCUGGAGGUCUUCCGUAGCGACGUCUUCCGCUUCUUCCUCAGUCCGUGUGUGCAGCCAGGCAAAGAGCACACCUUUGUCUUCACCAUCCCUGCCAUGCAGGAGUACCUGGCGGCCCUGUACGUGGUGCUGGGUGAGAAGAAGACCUUGGCACAGAGAGUGGGUAAGGAGCUGUCAGAGAUCUUUGGGAAAGUGAGUGAAGAUGUGGCUGUGGUUGUCAAUAUUGUCUCCAAGGUGCUGCCCUGGCGCUUCCUGCCAGUGCUCUUCAACCUCCUCAAGAUCUUCCCUCGCUACUUCUCCCGGCUGAGCGGCAAGGACAAGGAUGCUAUUGCCCACACCAUGGCAGAGGAGCUCUUCAAAGAGGAGGACUACUACAACGAUGAUGUCUUGGACCAGAUCAACUCCAGCAUCCUCGGCGUGGAGGGCCCCAUGCCCCACCCUGAUGAGACCCCUGAUGAUGAGGUCUUUGAGCUCUUCCCCAUCUUCAUGGGUGGGAUCCUGUCCCGCCGUAACCGCGCCAUCCUGGAGCAGCUGGGCUGCUCUAUCAAGAACCUGGCGGCCUUUGAGAUCGCCAAGGCCAUGAAGAAGACAGUCAUCAGGAAGAGCAGGAAGGGCCUGCCCCCCUCGGAGCUGAUGGACUACCUCUUCUUCCUGCACGAGUUCCAGAACGAGCGCUUCACGGCCGAGGCCAUCCGCUCCCUCCGCACCGUCAACCUCUCCUCCGUCAAGAUGACCCCCCUCAAGUGCUCUGUCCUGGCAUCUGUCAUGAGCACCACGUCUCACGAGGUGGAGGAGCUGAACCUGACCUCCUGCCACCUUGAUGCCACCAGCUUGAGGACCCUCUUCCCUGUCCUGCUGCGAUGCAAAUCUCUUCAUUUGCAGCUCAACAGCCUGAGCUCCGACGCCUGCCAGGAGAUCCGUGACCUGCUCUUGCAUGACAAGUGUGUGGUGAGCAACCUGCGGCUGGGGAAUAACCCCCUGGGUGAGGAGGGGGCUCAGUUCCUGGCCGAGGCGCUGGCAGGGAACCGCUCGCUGACGUCUCUGUCCCUGCUGCACACCGCGCUGGGCGACCGCGGCGCCGAGCUCAUCGCUCAGCACCUGCCUCAGAACCAGCACCUCCAGGAGCUCAACCUGGGCUACAACGCCCUGACAGACACAGCAGCUCUGCGUGUGGUGGAGGUGGCCAAAAAGCACGAGAAGCUGGACAAAGUGCACCUGUACCUCAACGACAUCAGUGAGGAUGGCAAACGUGCUCUCCACAGCCUGCGCAUGGACCGGGACGGUGUCCGGGCUCUGGUUUUCCUUACAGCAGGCACCGACGUCUCCGAUUACUGGUCCCACAUCCUGAACGUGGUGCAGAGGAAUCUGCCCUUCUGGGACCGUGACAGGGUUCGGCAGCACCUCGCUCUCCUCCUGCAGGACCUGGAGAGCAGCCGCAGACAGACUGCAAAUCCCUGGAGGAAAGCCAAGUUCCUGCGAGUCGAGAGUGAGGUCAAGAAGAUGCUGGCGAAGCAGCAGGAAGGGACCCUCUAAGCUGCUG